UUGGUUAAAUGAUUUUUAAAAAUUGGAUUAAAAAAAUAAAAUGCUUUUUGAGGAAAAAUCUAUUCAAGAUAGUUGCUUUAUAUGAGAAAAUGCAAAGGAUGAUUAGGUUAAACCAUCUUUUCCAUUGAAGGAACAUUGAGCAUAAAAAAUUAAUUUAUAUUUGAAAACGGCUUGAUCUGGAUUUAUUUUCAGUUUAGCCCAUAUUUUGAAGAAUUGUACCUCUGUGAAGUGGAAAGUAAAAACAUGUUGGACUUGCACUGGUUGACGUCUUUGGAAAGCAGACCUUUAGUUUAAUUGUUUGAUAAGACUGCAUACUUCCAACCUUACAAGUUGAGAAUUAACAUUGUCCCAUGUCUUUGCAUAUUAGUGCAGUAGACUGAAAAUUCUUAGGAAAAUCUCCUCCUUUUCUUAAGUCUUUAGCUUUUUGCUGUUUGUUCUUCUUUCUAUGAACUCUUAGUCAUUUUGACCAGGAACUAAGGAGUUAAAUAAAGUUUUCCUAAUUUGCUGACCAUUUCAGGGCUCAUAAGCUUGGAUAAAAACUUGAUUGGCUCAUCAAGUAUGCCCUUUUUCAUGAAAGCGUUUUUCUGUAAGUGAAGAGACAAGGUUGUUGUUUCCCAGAAUUGUUAAAAGUUCUUGGGAAACACUUGUGAAUGGAUAAUUAUUUUAUGGAAUCUCAUCAUCUUACUAUUUUCAAAAGACUUGCUUGGAUUUUGAUGCAUCUUCCUUCAUUUGAAGUGCUUUUGGUUCCAUUUUUUCUGUUCUCAACACAUUUUGGCCUCACAGAUUUUGUGUGCUUAUUCACUUCUUCAGCUGAGGCUGCAGCAAAGACGGACAAGAGAACAGUUGGUGGACCAGGGAAUCAUGCCACCUUUGAAGAGCCCAGCUGCAUUCCAUGAGCAGAUCAAGAGCUUGGAAAGAGCCCGGACUGAAAACUUCCUGAAGCACAAGAUACGGAGUAGACCUGAUCGAUCAGAGUUAGUUAGAAUGCACAUUCUUGAAGAGACAUUUGCAGAGCCUUCUUUGCAGGCAACUCAGAUGAAACUGAAGAGAGCACGAUUGGCAGAUGAUCUAAAUGAGAAGAUUGCUCAACGGCCUGGCCCUAUGGAACUUGUGGAAAAAAACAUCCUACCUGUAGACUCUAGUGUUAAAGAAGCAAUUAUAGCGGUUGGCCAGGAAAACUAUCCUCAAGCUUUGGAUGAUUUUUCAUUUGAUGAGGACAGCAGUGAUGCAUUAUCUCCGGAUCAACCUGCUAGUCAGGAAUCCCAGGGUUCAGCAGCAUCUCCUGGUGAACCCAAGGCAAGAGAAGCACCCUCUCCAGUCACACUAAGCUCCACUUCUAACCAGUAUCCUGCAUUACCAACAUCAGUACCUGAAUUUCUCAAGCCAUGUGUCACAGAUCAACACACUACACGCUGUACAGCUGCUGCUCCCCUAACCACAAAUACUGUGGCUACAGUCAAACACUGCAGUGGGCCAACACUAAUAAAGCAAUCCCACCCCAAGAAUCCAAGUGACAAGCCUCGGAGCAAGAAAUGCAAAGAACCAAAGCCCAGAGUGAAGAAGCUGAAGUACCAUCAGUAUAUCCCACCUGAUCAGAAAGGUGAGAAGAAUGAGCCACAGAUGGACUCCAACUAUGCUCGCUUGCUACAGCAACAGCAGCUUUUUUUGCAACUACAGAUCCUGAGCCAACAGCAGCAACACUACAACUACCAGGCCAUUCUUCCUGCACCACUCAAGCCAGUGAGUGACAAACAGGGAAACACUGGGAAUGCACCACUGAAUAGCACAACUUCAUCAUCAGCCAGUAUGCCCAGACAGAACAGUAAUCUCACCCACAGAAAACCAGGACCUCUACCUUCUAGCUUGGAUGACUUAAAGGUAGCUGAACUGAAAAUGGAACUAAAGUUGAGAGGAUUGCCAGUGUCUGGAACUAAAAUGGACCUUAUUGAGCGUCUAAAACCCUAUCAGGACCUUAACAACAAUUCUAUCAGCACAAGUAAUAAAGUGGCAGGAACUCCUUCUGCUAAUGGUACCAAUAAUCCUGGGGAAGUAGCUGCAGUCUUCCCUGUUGCCACCUUAAAUAAGGCUGUUGUUAGUUCAGUUCCCAGCUUUUCUUCAGAAGCAGCAUCUGUUGGAAACGGCAACAAAUCAACACACAUGGAAAGUGUUGGCUCCCCUUUGCCCAUUUCCCCGUCUCCUUCGGAACAGUCCAGUCUCAGCACCGAUGACACCAGCAUGGCAGAGACUUUGACAGAAAUCAUGACCAUGAUGUCCCCAUCACAGUUCCCAAGCGCAUCACCUGUCAGGGUGACCACAAAUGAGGACAACCACAGCAGUGGCAGCAUGUCAGGCGUGGAGCUUGAUGCAGCAGAAAAGGAUCGUAAACUUCAAGAAAAGGAGAAGCAGAUUGAAGAGCUCAAAAGAAAACUGGAACAAGAGCAGAAACUCGUGGAAGUGCUGAAAAUGCAGCUUGAGGUUGAAAAGCGGGGUCAUCAGCAGCAACCCCAAACCACAGCUAAUCCAACACUGCUUUUGAAUCAGAAGCAGAUCAGUCCUGCUGUCAAAGAAGAAGGCACUUUAGCUGAUUGUUCUGAUGCCAGACAAUCAGUAUCUGAAGCCGGUCAUUCUUCAGGGCAACCAAUGUCAGUGGAUGUCCAGAACCUAGUUGCCAAAAAGGCUGUCAUUAUCAAGCAGGAAGUACCUUUGGCCAAAGCAGAACCACAAAAUGUCCUAUCUCAGUUUUAUGUAAGUUCACAGAGACAACCACAAACUGCUGUUGUUGCUCAGCCUCAAGCUUUACUUACUGCACAAGGAACAGCACAGCUGCUGCUACCACUGUCUCUUCAGGGCCCAAGUUCAGGAGCAUCAGUGCAAGUCCCUGUGGGCAAUAUUCAGGUACAGGCCCAGUCACAAGCUGGAAUUCCAACCGUGGCACACAUACCAGCUUCUUCUAGUUUGACCCAGAAAGUAUCACAGAUGCACACAGCAGUGCCCAGUCAGAAUGCUUCCCCACAGCACACACUUGCUCAGGCCCCACAAAACAGAAAGGUAUUUCCGCCUACCUCACCAAAUGCUGCGUUUUCCUAUCAGAAUCAGUCUGUAACAACUCUCCAGCAACCUUUGUUUAAUCAGGCACCAAAUGUCACAGUUCACUCAGGGAACCAGAUGCCCUUGGUGCAAAAUGGACCCAGUACUCCUCAGAAGCCUGCGUCCCCACCUCAGUCCCAUCCAUACAUUUUGCAACAAACUUUGUUCAGCAAUUCGGUAACAAAGACAAAAGACCCCCCACGCUAUGAAGAAGCCAUCAAACAGACUCGCAGCUUGCAAGCUUCUCAACGAGAGAUUGCUAAUGCACACAGCCAGCAGAUGGAUGACCUUUUUGAUAUCCUCAUUAAGAGUGGAGAGAUUUCCAUGCCUACCAAGGAAGAACCUUCUCUGAUUUCCAAAAUGAGACCAGUUACUGCCAACAUCACCACAAUGCCAGUGAACACAGUAGUGUCUCGUCCCCCGCCACAAGUCCAAAUGGCCCCACCUCUCUCCUUGGAACCAACAAGCAAUUUCUCGUUAUGUCUGGAGAACCAGCUGGAAGCUCUCCUGGAAGGAACGCUACCUUCAGGGAAUGGAAUGCCUCAGCUGCCAAGCAGUAGUGAAGAAAGGGAGUCUUUCUCUCUCAUUGAGGACCUUCAGAAUGACCUCCUUAAUCAUUCUGGCAUACUAGAUCACUCACAGACACCUAUGGAAACAUCCGAUUCGCAAUUCACCGCCAGUAAUUCCUGUUUAUCGCUUGACCUUCCGGACACAAAUUUAGACAACAUGGAGUGGUUAGACAUUACCAUGCCAAACACAUCAUCAGGAUUAACUCCACUCAGCUCAACUGCUCCAAGUAUGUUUUCAGCAGAUUUCCUUGAUUCACAGGAUCUACCAUUUCACUGGGAUUAACUGAAAAGGAGAAGCUUACUUGACCAUGGUUUCUAAAGCUCUGUCUACAGUAUAGGUCCACUGUUUUGCUAUCCUUCUUUCCAGGAUUAUUUUUCAAAAGGAUCUUUAGGAAUGGGGGUUUUUAAAUAAAAAUCAUAGGUAGUAAAAAUGGUUAAUUAUGUUCUACUAAGAUAAAAGCAUGACAAAUGGUUUUCUUACCCUUUGAAAAUUUAUCACUGGAAAGCAAUGAAAGAGGGUUGAUGGGGGAAUAGAGAUAAAAUCACAGGAGAGCAAAGAGUAUUUGGAUAAAGACAUAAUAUCCCUGCACCUGACUGAGCCAAGCUUAAGCUACAUUGUGAAAGCUGCGGUUGAAUUUUCAAAAAAUCUUACGGGAUUUUAUCAAAAGGUUGAAAUUGCAUUUGGAUUUCUUCAUGAAUAUAAAAUACCUCUUUCUCCCUAUGAGCUAAUUUUCAUACUGCAACAUUAGUUAUUUAACCACUUAGUUUACUUGGCAAAAUAGACUAAAGAUGUUCCUUUGAUUAAUGUGGCAUCAUAUUUUUUAAAAUUAGCUUUUAAUACAAGUACUUAAGAAAUUUUAGAUAGAAACGCCCAUCUUGCGAAUGCCUCUUCUGAGAUGUUGCCUAAUGCAACAUAAAUGUAUAUCAUGUAAAUACAAAGGAAAUACUUCUUUUUCCUUGACAAAUCAUAAGAAGCAUGCAGAAUUAACUGAUUAAGUAAUCAACUAAGAUUUCUUUAAUAAGGCCGCAGCUUAUUUAAUUUGUAUCCAUUUGAAAUAGGAAGUUAAUAGAAAAAUAUGCAAUAUGCCAUGUGUUUUUAUAUCAUCUGUUAUUAUCUAGAUGGUGAAACUAAGUAUUUUCAAACACUUAUUUGCAUACUUAAAACCAGUGUUACCACUGUUUUAAUUUGGAUCCAAAAAUGCCCUUACACAUGUAAGAACUGACUUCUAUUUGCAGAAAGGGCUGGUUUCCUCUUGUGCUGUAACAUUCCAUGAGAAAGCAGAAAUGAUAUGCAAAGACGUUCUUCUGCUUAUUGUAGUACUGUGUUUGUAGAGCACUGCUCAUGGCUAUUUGCUUUAGCUCACACAUCUUUUGAGUCCAGCUCUUAAGUCCACUGAAUUAAUGUUAAUGCUUUUAAAAUGAACAGAAAAAUCAAUGUUCUAGAAUCAGGUUCAGAAUUAAAAAUUCCUUUUAAUUUAAAUUAAAAUUUAAUUUAAAUUACAAGAAAAUUGUAGGCAGUAACAAAUUGUGUCAUUUCAUUAGCACAAAUGAUGUUGCAGUAAUGGAAACUAAAUUCCAGCCCAUGUGCAGGAGAAGGGUCCAACUAACCCUGUUGCACAACUGGUUGUGCAUUGUAUUUGUGCAGCUUGUUGUGCAAGCAUAAUGGGCAAAAGCUUGUGAGCUCUGCUACCACUCUGUGAAUUUCUAGCACUACAUAGUCAGAUCCUGCUCUGUGAUAUAUCAAUUUACGGCACAUAAUGCUCAGAUGCAAGGUAUUUUAAACUUGUUUGGAUUUUUUGCUUUUGAAAUAUUUUAAGUGGGCAAAGGAAGGUGUGAAAAUUGGCAUCCUGCUUGAUCUCCCUGACCUAGCAAGGCCAGUUAGCUCUGCCAAAAAGGUGUUAAGGGAAGGUCCCUUCAGGGCUCAUUGUAAGCGGGCAUUUUCCAGGUCAGCGCACUCUCUUUAUUAUCCGUAUCCACAGAUAAUAAGACCCUAGAAAGCCAUCAGAACAUCGAGCUCACUCUUGGCUGUUCCCAUUGGCAGUGAUGCGCCAGGACCCCAAGCUGAGUUCUGUCACCUCAUUUACUGCCUGCAUCUUUCAGCUGGAGAUUGAACCAGGCACCCACUGCGUGCGAAGCCUGAGCUCUGCUACUGAGCUGCACCUGAUAACUUCUUUGGGUAGAAGGAGCAGGAAUGCUUCAGUACAUCCAAGCUUGAACUGCCUCUGAUUCUCCAUAUCAGGUCCAUUUGCUGUAUAUCAGAUCCAGUGCUUGGAACAGCUGUACUAUGAUAGGUGAUCCUACUUGCUAUUUUAAUACCACAGUUGAUGAGCAGAAAAGUUGUCGCUUGGUGAGAAAGCUCUACUCUUUCUAACCAUGAAGAAAUGUGAAAACUGCAACUUUUCUACAAAAAUCUGAAUUUCAUAUUAAACCUAAUUCACUCAAACUUGUGAGGAGAAAUUAACCUUUCUUACACAUUUUUCUCUUUGCUUGCCAAGUGCACCAAAAUUAUCUGUCUUUCAAAAAUAAUGGAAUGAUAUCAAAAUUUGAAUUAUUCCUUAUCAGCAAGGUUUUGAUCCUGCAUUCAUGACCUUUAAAAAAAGUUAUGACCUGGCAUAAGCACUAAAAUGGAUGCUAAAACCUUUCAGCCAACAAGUAGCUGCAUAGCUUGAUGCAGAUUCAGUCUGUGUGCAGCAUUUGGAGCCAGUUGCACCGUUACAGUGCAUACCUGCAAUUUGUUUUCUCCUGGAGCCACAACUGUGAAGAUGCCAAUUCAGGUUUGCUUUAGAGUCAGCCGGGACCUUGAUGCUGUGGAAAGUGCUUAGCAGGGUAGCUUCACACCAGAAAAUAAGCUGUACAUCCAUUUGGGACCCAUAUUUGGGGGCAUGUUUGUCUUGGUACUGCCACAGGUUAUUUGGGGGCUGUACAGUCACGAGUUGGAUACGAUGCUGCGGAAUAACUGCAGUACAUUUUCGUUGCCUUGACCCGCGGCUUAGGAGACUUUAUAAUUGGCGAAUAUGAAAGGGUUUGAGAGAUUACUUGCUUUCAGCUUUACCAUUCCGUUUGGCUCUCCUUUGAUGGAGGCUAAUCUUUUGAGGUGCUGAGUAUUUCCCAGUGAUAUGCUAAGUCUCAUUUUCUUUCACAUGCGUUGAUUUGAGUUGAGAUACUUAGCACUCUGAUGGAGCCUAUCCUAAAUAUAAUAGGAAGAGAAGUGAGUUUGGAGCUCUGCCCUGCUUUGAGCUAGUAUAUAUCCUGUGAUGUGCCGUAUACAAUAUUACAGACCAAAGAAGAUAGAUCCAAGAUUGAACCUACUGUCUGUACCUCGUACUUAAAUGUUACAGGGAUGAAUAGGUAACAAAGUUUGUAGAUUUUUUUUUUGUUUUAUUUGUUUUUGAAGCUUUAGGCUGGGCCAAAGUCCAAAUAGAAGGAAGUUGUAUGCAUGCAGGAAGCAUAUAUACAGUGUUUAUUUGACUUUUCAUGUGGCAAAGCCUGCUAUUAAAAGGAACUUGACUCUGCAAAGGAAUCUCUGUCUGCAUACAUAGUCUAUGCUUGUGUGCAUCUCUCUCCUCUUUGGAUCCUGGCCCAGUGCAAACAGGCAUGAAAAGAAGGCCAUACAUCCUAGCGAACAGUCGAUUCCUUGUGACUGUGAGACAACAGCUUGUAUCGUCAUGCGUAUUUACUACACAGUGCUUCUUAAACAUUUUGAAGUGGGCCCUCCUGUAAACUUCACUCAGCUUUUCAGGACCACCUUGUAAACUGAUCCUACCAUUUGAGCCUUAUUUUCCCACUCUACAACAGAAAAUACAAAGGUGAUCACAUCAGUAGUAAACAUUGAGCGAUUGAGCAAUUUUGAGUGUUAAUAUACAUAUUCAUAUAUCAUACAAUUUGUAUUAUAUAUAGUAUGCACGCGCAAGUGGUUAUACACAUACUUUACCCAGGAUUUAUUUGAAUAGCCCCAACACAUGAUACAUGGAAAGAGAGUGAACAGCCCUGUCGUGAGUCGUUAACCUGGUUUUCAAAAAAAAAAAAAAAAAGCGUUCUGAAAGUUGCAAUGGGAAGCAUCUCAGGAACAUCUACCAGGAAGCACCUACCGGGAGCACAUCAGAACAGUUUGAGAAGCACUUUGCCACAGCUUAUCAGAAACAUCGGCUAUCUUCCUUGGUUCAAAUGUGCCACAGUUGAGUCAGUUUGUCUGUCAGAUGCACCACAGCUUUCUGUCAUCUUACUGCUACGGACUGGCUAGGGUACUCCCAGCCAACUGGCGGAGUACAUGUAAAUAAUCUCGCUUAAAAUUGAUGUACUGUGUGAUGCUGCACUGCACAAACAGCUGUGCAAACCCGCAGGAGCAUGUGCGACCCAGAACCCCGGAACAAAAUCCCUUCAGGCGUGUAAUAACCUAUAUAGAACUUUUUUCUGCAAAAAAAUCAAUGAGGGAUCAUGAAAAGUUUGUAACAAGAUUAUUUAUUUUUUAGAGUAGGGAUGUGUGAUAUUUUCUGUGCAUUUCAGAAUAGAGCUUUAUUAUGAAACAUUUCUAAAAAUGGUUUGCUAUUCAUCAUGUUAUGGGAUGUGCAGCCUAUUGUACAAUAAUUACCAUAUGUAUGUGAAACUGGUAUUUGUGAAAAAUUUAUAUAUGUGUAUGUACAGUCGCUUGAGUAAUUUUUGUGCACUUGACAAUUUUUUGUAACAUAAGGUAUUUUAAAUCUUUAUCUUUAAAAAUGAGAUUACUCAGUCAUGUGACUGUCACUACUAGUGUGGUCUUUUACAGUGCACAAAUGGUUAAAAUGUGUUUGACAGUAAUGAGCAUGCCCUCUUUGCUAGAGUGAGCUUCGGCCGCAGAUCCGUUGUCUUCAGAUAUUACUUUAGCCUGGUUUCUUCAUUUGUAGCAAUGGCCCACUCAUGGGAACUUAAGGGUCUUCCCAUAAUUGCAGCUUUUGUCAUCCAGAGUGUCUAUUUUGGAGUUUCAGUUGGAGUGGAAGUUGUUGUGGGAGAACAACCACAUGCUUCUUUUGUGCAACUGCCUCUCUCAUUGAUAGCCGUUCUUGGGUUUACUAUGUGUAGGCUUGCAGAAAUAACUGUUUCAUCCUGAUUUCACAAAAAUAACAAUAUAAUAUGUAUAAUAAUUACAAUAAAUGCUUAAUUCAUUGGAAAGGUGGUGGUAGUGGGGGAGAACAGUCUGCAGUCCUGAUCACCCAGGGUUAAAUCCCAAGUUAGUCCUACUUGGACUAGCCCAUUGAAAUGAAAGGGAGUUAAAUUAGUAGGUGCUGAUGGAGUAUGUUCAGAAUUUAGCGGAACUGAUUUCUGAGUAAACCUGUUGAGGAUUGCACUUCAUUUUUGUAUUUUAAAAAAUCAGUAGUUAUCAAUUGAAUAUACAGGUUGGACAGCAUCAGUGGCCCAAGCUGUGUUGUGUUACACCAUUUAUUUUGGAAGAAUCCUGUCCCAGCCCUAUGAAAUUCUAAGGGGGUGCUCACAAAUUGUAUGCAUAUUUAGGCAGAGAAAAGGCCUACAACCCCCAGCAUGUCACAGCCAGUCAUUUUGGCUUGGGCACGGUGGGUUGUGGGCCUUGUCUAUGUCUCAACAGGCAUACAGUUCCGCUUUUACCACCGAUGUUUCAUUCUUCUCUCUUUCUGUGUUUUCCAACUGCCCCAUAGUUCCGAACAGCAGAGAACCAUAGGCUACCAUAACGAGGAAAGCAUUGUGAAAUGGGGGUGCGGGGCAUUCAGAAACUAGUUGAGUGAAAAUCAAAACUUCAUGAAUGGCACCAAUGCAACAGUCAUUUAAAUUCUGCUAAGCCCCGCGGGAAUCAAUGGAACCCAAACGUACUUCACUUCGGCUGGAUUGUGCCUGUGCUCUCAUGCAGGUUUAAAAGCUGUAGUGCAGCGCUGCCAUUAAACGGACCUUAAAUGGUGGUAGUGAUACGAGUUCUGUUUGAACUGGAAUAAGCAAACUACUGUUGCACAUAUUUUUGGAUGAGCAAACUCUUUAGUGAGAAGAGGCUAACGUAUGAAAUGCCGCAUCUUGUAAAACAAAACAAAACUAGGCUGCAGCCGCAUCCUCGCGAGCCGCACUCUGUUGCUUUUCAAACAAAUACACCGAGUUAAGGAGUGUUACAAGGACAGUAAAGGAUGACUUCUGCCUAGUGAUCCUAACUGGGAAAUAAAUAGAGAUUUGAUUUUAGAAACUCUCUCGCCCAUUUGAUUACGCUGCAAUAAAUCUUACACUGUGUUUAACAACGUGACAUUGUGACGAAUCUGAACAAACCCUGACUUAACUGCAAUUCAGUGUUUGAAAGGCAGCCUGCUCUGCUUUGCCUGCUGCUGAGCGCAGGAUGCAGGGAUGCACCUGAUCAUAUGCACCCUAACGCAUCAUCUGGCAAAGUGUGAAUUGUACAGAAGGCACUGAGUGCCUUCUCUGCUUUCCUAAUGCAAACCAUGAAGCCAGCAUUUUAAGAUUUAAGUUUUACAGAGGAUGCUAUUUGAAAGGAUCCAGAGCCUUAAAUGAGUGGUGAGAGGAAGACCACAUGUAAGAAGAACCAAAGCACCGCCACCAGCUGCUGCCAAGGAGCGCCUGCCUUCGUUUCAGUUAGAACAAGCAUAGGAGUGCCCUGCCUCUGCCCCGCCUCAGAGAUCCUCCACGGGAAUUUUUACUUUAAAUUGAAGAUGUAGAUAUUUUUGAGAUGGCUAUUGUUUUGCUGUCUAGCCGUGCGGAUUCCUUUUGUUAAGUUGUGAAACUAAACUAUGACAUGAGCACAGAUGUUCACAUAAGGGAAGUCCUUUUCCUUUGUUGUGUUGCUUGAAGUAGAAAUUGUGUUUAGCAUGAUGGUUGUUUCUCUUCUUCUUUUCAUACUCACCAUUAUGUCUUAGCAUCUCACUUUAUGAAAAAAAGAAGAUAGCUACCAGUCUGUACAGACCUUUCAUUUAAGAGCUAGAGUAAAGAAAAACAAUCAUUCUGGCAAGCUGAGCAUCCCGUGGUUCAUUGCCUUUGUAAAAGAAACCAUGAUGCCUUUGUAUUUGCUGUUUGCACCCCUAAAAUCAAUUCCAUAUGUUGAUUUUUGCCAUGUUUUGCACAUUGUACUGUAUAUAUGUAAUGCAUACUGUAUUUUUAUAUGUGUAAUUCAUUUAUCAUAUAUUUUGUACAUAGUGGCAAUAUUGUAGCUAAGGAGAAAAUGUUUAUCUCUGCAAUUUUUGCAAUAUGUGUGUCAAAUAAACAAGUUAAUAUA